AUGACAUUUCCGCCUCUCGACAGCGAAGCCGCCGACGUCUGGCCUUCACGACUGACUAUUGUUCAAGAUGAAGCCUAUGAUUACAAUUACCUUGGCGGAAUGGGCCCUGAUGACCUACAUUCAGAGUUCCGGAAAUGUCUGCAUGAUGCGAUAACUUUGGCUUCGACUUCGACAUCGACAACGUCAAAACAAGCUCUCGACGAGCAUUUGGUCGAUCUACUUUCCCGCAUGAUCUUCGGGUCCAACAUGAUUGAGGAUGCCGGAGGGGGGUUAGGAAUCACCCUCAAGCUUGGCGGAGUCAUCUUUCGAGGUCAGCAUGUCCCUGAAGACCGCAGUGCCGACUACAAAGUCUUGGAAGACCACCUCCGUCGCAAGGGUCUGCCGCAUGCAGAAGAAGAUGUCAUCCGGGCCUACCGGGAGAUAACACAACAUGCCAAGGCAGCAUACUAUAUCAUCAAAGAGGUAUGCCUGGAAGGAAAAGAGCUGUCCGAGGCCAUAAUCCUGGAAACGCACCGUCUCUUGACUUGCAAUAUUGACACCGACGGGAUACCUUGGAACAAAUACGCUGGCGUCUAUCGAAAGUGGCCAGUAUGUACUGGCUUCCAUCAAUACAUGGCUCACAGCAUGGUCCCUACAGCUAUGAAGAACAUGAUCAGCUGUCUCUCGGACGACGUCAAGCUUGCAAUUGACAGAGGAGAAAUCGACCCGAUAGCUCUAGCAGCCAAGUACUGCCACAUCUUUGUCAACAUUCAUCCCUUCCUCGAUGGAAACGGUCGAACGUGUCGUCUCAUCCUGAAUGCAAUUCUCCUAAAGUAUGGCGGUACUAUCGUCUGCAUUGGGGAAAAGGACGAGGAUCGGGAGGAACAUUUGCGGAUUGCAAGCAACGCGAGCUUUGCUGAAGGAAACCAAGAGGAUAUGGGAGGCGUGCCAGAGGAACUUAAGCCGAAACACUACAAGGAAUUGGCUUCGUUUGUGCUAUUGCACGCUCGGGAUAGCAUGACCUUUAUCCGGGAGCUGCUUGAGGAAGAAUGGUGA